UCAUGGGCCCACGUUAUUAACUUGGAAUUUACUCCUGAAUUCUGAAUUUCUGAUGUUCAAUCAGGACUAUUGGAGGAUUUUAUUUUCUUGCAUCCACAGAGCGGUCAACAGCCCAAGAAGCAAGAACAAGUGCCUUUCAAAUCAUUGUUCAAGUUCAGUCGAUCUCCGUUUUCUCGUUCACUCUACCUUGAUUUGAUCCGAGACUUCUCAGCUUGCUGUUCAAUAAUGGAUAUAACCACUUUGAACCCAGGACAGCUCACACUAAUGGGAUCUGCAUUCUGUACGAUGAUAACAAUGCAUUUUACCCUGCAGCUCCUAUCGCAGCAUCUUUUUUACUGGAAAAACCCAAAGGAACAGAAGGCCAUAAUAAUUAUUAUCCUUAUGGCUCCAAUAUAUGCCAUAGACUCGUUUGUGGGUUUAUUGGAUAUUCAGGGGAGUAAGGCAUUCUUCAUGUUUUUGGACUCAAUUAAGGAAUGUUAUGAGGCUUUGGUGAUUGCCAAAUUCCUAGCUUUGAUGUACAGUUACCUGAAUAUAUCCAUUAGUAGAAAUAUUGUACCAGAUGGAAUAAAAGGAAGAGAAAUUCACCAUUCUUUCCCGAUGACACUUUUCCAGCCUCGCACUGUCCGGCUGGACCACCGUACACUAAGGCUUCUCAAAUACUGGACAUGGCAAUUUGUUAUCAUCCGCCCGAUAUGUUCCAUUUUGAUGAUAACACUACAACUUCUUGGGUUUUACCCUUCUUGGUUGAGUUGGACAUUCACCAUUAUCCUUAACAUUUCGGUUUCUCUGGCAUUGUAUUCUCUGGUGGUUUUUUACCAUGUGUUUGCAAAGGAGUUGGCACCACACAAUCCACUUGCAAAGUUCUUAUGCAUCAAGGGGAUUGUCUUCUUUUGCUUUUGGCAGGGAGUGGUGCUUGACAUACUAGUUGGCUUGGGUAUAAUUCGAUCUCAUCAUUUUUGGUUGGAUGUGGAGCACAUUGAGGAAGCUCUUCAGAAUGUCUUGGUAUGUUUGGAGAUGGUUGUGUUCUCUGUUCUCCAACAGUAUGCAUACCACGUUUCGCCGUAUAGUGGAGAAGUGGAAACAAAGUUGAAACUAAAUAAGAAAGAUUGAUAUGAUCAGACAGUAACUAGAGUUAUAUAUGCAAAUGGAAUAUUUAGUAGAUUGUUCUAUUGAAAGAAGGACAGGAGAUGUACCUUAAUAUUUUGCUUAGAUGUCCAUGUAGAAUGACAUUUAUAAAGUAGAAUGGCAUAUGAACCCUCCUAGUGCAGUGUCUUUGCAGCUGCAAGUCCUAUGCAAUUUUAGUAGUCAUUUUGAAUUUCA